GGGCCAGCGAAAGAAGGGUGGGCUGACCGGGCGCGCUGCUUCAUCGAAGGUCCUUAGGAGUAUUUUGUAGGAAAGUAAAAGACUCUCCUUUCUAGCCGCCUCAAUUCCUCCCAAGCCUUUUGCUUUUGCCAUUUCGGUGGCGCGAGAGAACAGAGCGAGACCCAGCGCCCACCACGGAUGCCCAUUAUGAUGUCGCACGAGCCGGCCGCUCCGUCGGUCUGCUAUUAUGAAGCCCCGGAUCUGUCCGACUUGUAGGACUGUUUCUCUCCCGUCCUGUUCUAUCCGCACCCCACCCAAAAGAAGCCGAUCCGCUCAGGAGGAACUGGCGUGGGAUAAAAACCACGCUGGGAAAGCAACGUGACGUGUCGACUUGCAGAAAGCGCUGUGUUACUCAAUUCUGUUGCAUUAACUGUGACUGUGAUUUUAUGUGGUUUCUGGGAAAAUGUGCUCGUUCUGGGUAAACGUGCAUCGCAACGAAACGUAUACCGAGACCGUGUAUUUCCAGAAACCGGUUCCUUAUUUGCAUAAUAUGUGUAGUGCUUGGUGCAACUUUCAGUUUCCAUUCUUUCCCCACUCAGAGUCUGAGGAAAUAGAAUGGCUACUAACGAUGCUCUGAAGAAAAAGGCAGAAGACAAGCAAUGUGCAGAAGAUGCCAGAGUUUGUGUCCCUAAUCCACACCUUAAGAAAAUGAAAGAUGACAUUUUAUAUCAUUUUGCCCUUGGGACUGCUACUCAUGAUUUUCCUGCCUUAUUUGGAGAUAUUAAGUUUGUAUGUGUUGGAGGAAGUCCUUCACGGAUGAAAACUUUUAUUACCUACAUUGCUGAACUGCUGGAUAUUGGUAACCCGGGUAAUGACUAUCCCAAUAUAUGUGCUGGAACAGAUCGGUAUGCAAUGUACAAAGCGGGACCUGUACUGUCAGUCAGUCAUGGAAUGGGAAUCCCUUCAAUUGCUAUCAUGUUGCAUGAACUCAUCAAGCUGCUGUAUCAUGCCAAAUGCUGCAAUGUAACCAUUAUUCGUGUUGGCACAUCUGGUGGAAUAGGUUUGACACCAGGCUCUGUGGUGAUCACAAAGCAAGCUGUAGAUGCUACCUUCAAGCCGCAGUUUGAACAGAUUAUUUUGGGGAAGUCUGUCAUUCGCAGUACAUACUUAGAUGAAAAAUUAAAUGAAGACCUUAUGGAGUGUGCCAAGGAACUUGAUCAAUUCAAUACAGUUAUUGGAAACACAUUGUGCACUCUGGAUUUCUAUGAAGGUCAAGCUCGCCUUGAUGGUGCCAUCUGCACAUAUACUGAAGAAGAGAAACUGCAAUAUUUGAAGGAAGCUCACAAGGCUGGAGUAAGAAAUAUUGAGAUGGAAUCUUCUGUUUUUGCAGCUAUGUGCAAUCUUAGUGGCCUCAAAGGUGCUGUAGUAUGUGUAACAUUGCUGAACCGACUUGAAGGUGAUCAGAUCUCUACACCUCAUGAUGUUUUGAAGGAGUAUCAGACAAGACCACAGAAGCUGGUGGGACAGCUGAUUAAAAACCAUCUUGGAAAAAAGUGACUUUCUGUACUAUAUAUUUCUAGAAACGGUUCCUUUUACUUGAAUUCUUGUUAAAAAUGUUUCCCCAGUAGCAUAACUUAGAAUCUUAUGUACACUUCUCCUUUAAAAAGAAUUGACUAUUUUUGAGUAUAUGUACCAGUAUAUACGUAUGUACUCAUGCAUGGAUGUAUGCAUGUACAUACACAUCUACAUACCCCAAUUAAUAGCACUUUAUUAUAUUUGUGUAUGUGUAUAUAUAUACAUAUAUAUAUGUAUGCGUACAUAUAUACAGAUACAUUCAGUACACACACAUAUACACACACAAACUUGUUUGUGUGUGUACACAAACAUACAUACACUGCUGUUAAGUUCAUUAAGUAUAUUAGAAAAUGUUUUAAUUAACACUUAUUAUUUUCCAAGAUAAAAUCUAUUAUUAAGAGCCAAGGUGGCACAGUGGUUAGAAUGCAGCACGGCAAGAUACUUCUGCUGACUGCCGGCUGCCAGUUCAAGGUUGACUCAGCCUCCCAUUCUUCUGAGGUCAGUAAAAUGGGGACCCAGAUUGUUGGGGACAAUAUGCUGACACUGUAAACUGCUUAUAGAGGGUUGUAAAGCACUGUGAAGCAGUAUAUAAGUCUAAGUACUAUUGCCAUUAAAACAAAAUUCUAGUGCAGUGAUGGCUAAUCUUUUUUUCCUCGGGUGCCAAAAGUGCAUGUGCCCAAACCCAUAAUGCAAUGCGGACACCCCCCCCCCUCCGGAGCCCCGUUUUGGGCCUUGAAGCCUCCGGAGGCCAGAAACAGCCCAUUUCUGGACUUCUGGUAGGCCCAUUUUUUGCCCUUCCCAGGCUCCGGAGGCUUUCCUGGAGCCUCUGGGAGGACAAAAAACAGCCUCCCCCGUAGCCCUCUGGAGGCCGGAAAUUGCCUGUUUCCAGACUUCUGGUAGGCCUGUUUUUCACCCUCCCAGAGCCUCUGCACAAGCCCCGAACUUAUUUGGCAUCCAAAACAGGCCGCGUGGAGACUCCUGGGAGGGGAGGGGUGACAUGGGCAUGCGCGCACAUCUUCCACAUGCACGGCAGACACAAAAAUCAGCUGGCCAGCAAGAGGCAUGUGUUCAUGUGCGACGGAGCUGACUGAGUGAUGGUUCGCGUGCCGGCAGAGAUGGCUCCAUGUGCUACCUGUGGCACGUGUGCCAUAGGUUCGCCAUCACUAUUCUAGUGCUACUUAAAAUGUGUGCCCAAAAUAUUAGGUAAAUUAAGCUUGGAAGCUGACAAGAUUUAUUAAAUCCAUGGCAGUCCAUUAAUUUUUUUAAUGACUUACAGUCUUAAGACUGUAAACUUUUUCACACUUACAGUGGGACAAAAAAGUAUUUAGUCAGCCAAUUGCCCAAGUU